AUUUCAGCAUCUAAAUCCACUACAGGAUAUAAAUUCAGCAUAGUUCGAACACAUUAAACUAAAAAUCGUCAUUAGAAAACUCCAUCUUGGACAUUGAAGUUGAUAACACUAGGUACAUUACUGGAAGAGUGAGUUGAUCUACUUUGCGAUCGAAAAGUUUAAUUGCACACGAUGUGAACAGCUUCUCAGAAAACCACAUCAAACCUUAAUGACGCGAAGGAACUAUUAAUUUGACACAAAUCCUUUGAAAUUAGGAAAAAACCGCUGUGCAUCGGCCAUAUCUGUUAAAUUGUUGCGCUCUACUCUCACCGCAUAGUUACAUUUCAACUUGGAGAUACUCGCAUGAUUAUCUUGGUACUUCAAGAGGCAUUUACGUUCAUUUCUAUGAUUAUCAUAUGGUAUUGUAGUGUGCGCUUUCAAUUUCAUCAUGUCAAACUACUGAUUCAAAUGGAGGAUGUUCUGAUGGAACUCCGACGGCUUGGUAUAUGGAUUUAUUAUCCAAAAAAACAAAAGCAAAUGUACUGUCAAAUAGUACUCCGUUUGGUAAUAAUUGGAAUCAGUAUCACGGGACAAGCAGCGUCGACGCAUACUCGCUGGAGGCUGAUAGUUUAUUUAGGUGGCAUUGUAAGCUCCAUUAUGUUCCUAUUGGUUAGCAUAUAUAUUUCGGCAGUUAAGGAAUAUUAUGGAAUAUUAAAUAAAUAUUUGUCGCAACUGUCUAAUUUUAAAAAUGAACAAAUAGCGGAUACAUUAAAAUUGGAGAUUACAUCAUUUUUGAAAACUAAACUCGAGAUCCUGAAAAUAAUUGUCCCUCUACAUCACAGAUUAUACAUCAUUAUGAAUACUAUCAACCAUGUAUUCGGUGUGAUUUUUAUUGCAUUAUUUGGGGUAACAUUUAUAUUAGUUAUUGUGGAUGCGUACUAUUUAAUAACGUUAUUGGAUGAAACACAAAUGCAAGUAAUUGCAGUUUUGUGCAACUGCCUUCCUGGUCUUGUAGAUGCAAUUAUCAUCUGUUAUUUAUGUAACUCUAUGAUGGAUGAGAUCGAUCUGUCUGGAUUAUUAAUACAUCAGUUAUCGAUUGCAGAGAGUAAAGAUGUAAAGGAACAGAUUGAUGUACUUUCUCUACAGUUAACCCAGGAAAAAACAGAAAUAAAUGCGGCAGGACUAUUUCCCGUCAACUACGGCUUAAUUUUUUCAAUCAUUUGUGGUGUAAUCACAAACUUGGUGAUUUUAGUCCAAUUUUCAAAGUCAGUACAAUGGAAUAGUAAAAUAUAAACAAGGUGUUCAGAGAAGCUAAACGUUAUCGUCUAACGUCACGCUUUGUUAUUUUUUGUGUUAUUCCAUUACUUUUUACCGUGUCUCGUAGGAAACGACAGGAAAGAUAGAGAACCAUUAUUGAAGAAGCAAGCUGCAACGCCUUGUGACAUCUCCAUAGAUUUUAAACGUUCUGAGUCUACAUUGCUAUGUAAACAAUGUCGAUGUGGACGUUGUGGUUUGUUUGGUCCAGACGUUUGAAUUAAUGACGGGUCAUUAAUUACCUAAUCAAGUUUUUUGCGUGUAAACACGGAGCGAGUAUUACGUUUCUAGUUGUAUCCAAGUGGUUUGUUUUUCAAAGAUUAAUUCCUAGAAUUGUUAAAUGUAGGACAUUUUAUCGUUUAUUAUAUAUUUUGCUUUGUUAAGUUAUUUAAGUGACAGUUCUGUUUCAACUUAUUACUUUUGUUAAAAGGUUGAUGUAAUUUAUUAGCGAUAAUAAUCCAUUUUGAUGGGCCUAAAC